GUUGAUAUCGAUAACAAUUACAACACACAAAAAAGAAAUUCCAGGAUGCCGAAAAAGAAAACCGGUCAGCGCAAGAAGGCGGAAAAACAAAAGUUACGCCUGAAGGAGAUAAGGACCCGAGAGGCGCCAUUGGCCGAUCUACCUUGCAAUGCGCCGAUGGACUGUGACAAGUGCGAAAAGAAGCAAAAGUCGCGUGCAUUCUGCUACUUUUGCCAGAGUGUUCAGCGACUGCCGAUUUGUGCGCAAUGUGGCAAGAUCAAAUGCAUGCUGAAGACGGGCGACUGUGUGAUCAAGCAUCCCGGCGUCUAUACCACUGGAUUUCCUGGCAUGGUCGGAGCCAUCUGUGACUUUUGCGAGGCUUGGGUGUGUCACGGUCGUAAGUGCUUGACGACACAUGCUUGCACCUGCCCCUUGCAGAAUGCUGUCUGCUUGGAGUGUGAGCGCGGUGUUUGGGAGCAUGGUGGACGCAUCUUUAAAUGCUCCUUUUGCAAUGGCUUCCUCUGCGAAGAUGAUCAGUUCGAGCACCAGGCUUCGUGUCAAGUAUUGGAGUCGGAGAACUACAAGUGUCAGUCGUGCAACCGUUUGGGACAAUAUUCGUGCUUGCGUUGCAAGACUUGCUAUUGUGAGGAUCAUGUGCGUCGCAAGGGCUUCAAGUAUGACAAGAACAAGGCCAUACCGUGCCCCAAGUGUAAUUACGAAACGUCCGUAACGAAGGACCUCAGCAUGUCGACGCGUUCCCAUAAAUUUGGACGCCAGCAACAAGGCGGUGCUAGCGAUGAUGAGGAGGGAUAUGGCGGAUACUAUAGUGGAUAUGGAGCUAGCAGCAGUGGCGCUGGUUAUUCGUACGACGAUGAUGAGAGCUAUGGCGAUGAGGACGAUGACGAUGAGAGCGAUGAUGAUGAUGACGACGAGGAUGAGGAGGAAGAAUCGAGCGAGAGUGAAGGUGAAGAAGAAACUGCCAAAGCAGCUGAGAAAAAAGAAGCAAAAUAGUCCUUGGAAUGCAUUUACUAAGUAGUUAAAUCUAAUUGAGGCUUAGUUAAAUAAUGCAGGGCCAAUUGUGUGUACUUUAGUGGGCAUAACACUUUAAAUGAAUCAAUGUAAUACAAUAUUGUUCUCAAA